AUGGCGGCUAAGCCUCUCCUAAUGGGCAACGACGUGCUCACCGGCGCGCAGGACCCCCGUCUGCGCCUGCGCCUGCUGCAAUCUCUCCUCACCUCCUUCCUGCCCGCGUCGCCCAAGGAUCCGAUCGACAUGGGCAGGGUGCGCGCGGCGGUGGGGGUGCUGCGGGAGCAGCACGUGCUGGCAGUGGAGCCAGACUGGGCGGCUGUGGGGAGUAAUAAUGACCCCCGGAGGCGGGCAGUGGACGCGUGGUGCAGCAGGGUGUUCGCGUUAUUGGCAUCCCCGCUGCCGGCCAAUCGGUGGGCGGCAUGUGUGCUGGCAGGUGCCACGUGUGCAGAGAGCACAGCUCAGCGCGUGGUUGACACGUACGCCAAGUGGUGGGGGCGGCUAGCCGCCCUGCUCAAGGCGAAUAAGACAAAAGGAGCCGGUGGGGGGAGCGAGAAGGGAACACAACCACAGCAAGAGGGGAAGGAGGAGGAUGGGGAAGAGGAUGGGGAUGAGGAGAGGGAGGCGGAGGGAGAGGAGGGCGAGGAGGGGAAGGAGGGAAGGGGGAAUGGGAGGGGGAAGGAGAAGGAGAGGGCGGGUGGGAAGGGCAAGGAGGGCAUAGUACAGGAUACCAUGUUUGUACGCGUGGCUGCUGCUGCUGCCCUUGCUGACCUCUUCUCUAGGCUGGCAACUUUGUCUCAUGUGCAGAGUGUACGCAAGGAGGCUGGCACUCUGGCCGGCAAGCUUUGGCCGUUUCUGGCGGAGAUGAUGGGCGGCACUGACAGCACGCAGCCAUGGAGUGUGUGCCUCUCGCUGCUCUCUCUGCUGCUGCGCUCCUUCCCCUCCAGCUUCAAGCACCACGUGCCAGCGAUGGAGGCUCUGCUGGUGGCUAAGCUGUCAUCUCCCAACGCGCCUGCAUCCAUCGUCCAUUCCUGCUGCAGUCUGCUUGUGCUGCUCCCCCGUGCCUCGGGUGACCCUUCCCUCUGGUCCACCUUCAUGCGUCGUCUGCUGCUCUCCACACAUGCGGACCUUGAUACGCUGCUCUCAGGAUUUGAGGAUGAAUCUGUGCGAUUCAAGGCCCUGGCAACGCUCCUGCACUCCAAGAGUGCAGCUUUGCCGGUCCCUCUGGUGCCCGAGCAUGCACACUGGAUCGCCGCUCACUGCUCCAAGGAGGACGAGCAGCAGCAGCAGGAAUCAGGUGGGCAGGGACAGCAGGGGCAGCAAGGGCGGAACAAGCAAGGAGGGCAGACGUCAAUAUCAAACGCAAACGGCAGCGGCAGUGGCGGUGGUGGCAGCAGCAGCGGCAGUGGUGGAGAUCCCGAGGCGGUGUUUCGGCGGGUGGUGCCCCGCCUGCACGCGCUGCUGCUCACGUGCCAGCUGGCCAUCACUCAGGGGUUCUCUGCACCGGUGGCUGAUGCCGUCAUUCGACUCACCCAAGUGGAGGGCACAGGCAUGGUCAUCCCUCUCUCUCUCCUCGCCUCUGGAGGGAGAGGAGGAAGGGGGGGAGGAGGUGGGGGGGAUGGUUUUGAUGCGGGUGGAGGGCCGGACGGCAUGGGCUCGGCGUUUUCUGCCGCCCGCCAGCUGGCGCUGUGUGUGGAGCUGCCGGCGAUGCAGUGCGCAGGGUUAAGGAUGAUGCUGGCGGCACUGCAGGGCGUGAGGAACCACAUCCUACCCCAUGCAGCCACCAUAUCACACACACUCUUGUCGGCCUUUCGUAGGGCAGCAGCAGCGGGGGACGAUGCAACUGCUCUGCCUUUCAAGGCGCUGCUCUACCGCACAGCCACCCAGUACCUCUAUGCGCUGGGCGCGGGCAUGAUGACGCAGAUUGCCCCCAUAGUGGUGGGUCGCGGCAUCACAGACCUCAAACAAGCCAUGCCGGCGCUCUUCUCCCCAACCAACCACCGCUCGCCAGGUGGCAGCAUGGCAUUUGACGCCGCUCCCGGCGCUGCAGCAGGCAGCAGCGGGAAGCUGGGGGGAGCGGGCAGCGGAGGGGGAAGUGCAGGGGGAGGGGCGGGUGGAGGUGCGGCUGUGGCGGGUGUUAUCUCGGGCAGUCGGUGCCUGCAGACCGUUGAUCUUCAGAUCGCCAUUCUGGAGGCUGUAGAGGCGCUGCUGUUUGCGGGCGGCCCCUUGCUGCCGGAGCACUGGAGAAUGGAGGUAGACGCAGCUCUCACCUGCACCGCUGCCAUCGCCCUCGGCACCGGCGGUCACGACUCCGGUUUCAACUCCACUCCCGGUUACAACUCCGGUUACAACUCCCCCAGCACGCACGCGCACAUGCCCUGGACGCCCGGGUCGGACCGUGCAAUCAGAUCGCUCCAGCUGGCAGCAUCUCGUGCGCUCCUAGCCUCCCUCCUAGCCCCGUGCAAAUACCGCCCACCAUACCUUGGCCAAGCGCUCAGGAUAUUCCGGCAGGGGAGGCAGCAGCUGGGGACGGAGGUAGCUGCUUUCUGCUCCUUUGCUCUGCUGGCUCUCGAGCCUGUGUUGCAUCCCAGCCGGCCGUCCACUUUGCCAGCCAGUUCUGGCAGCUUGCUGCCGCCUACCGCACAGACAAAUCUCGCCGCCCCUGCUGCCGCCCCUGCUGCCGCCCUGCAGCCUGUCCUUGUCUCUAUGGCCAUGAAUCUCUCUGCUGCUGUGGGAGGGGGUGCUGCAGGGGGGAUGGGCGGGGGAAUGGGCGGGGGUAUGGGUGGGGGAAUGGGGGAUGCAGGAGCAGGGGGAGGAGGUGGAGUGGGGGCGUAUGGGGGGAUGCUUGGAGCAGCUGGGACCGGGGGUGGAGGGUUCGCAGGGGGAAUGGGUGGGGGGAUGGGUGGAGGGAUGGGCGGAGGGAUAACAGGGGGGAUGGGCGGGGGUAUGGGAGGGGGGAUGGAGGGUGGAAUGGGAGGGGGAGUGGGUGGUGGUGGUGCCACGGGGCUUGGAGCACUGGGGGGCGAUGUUUGGCCGCUAGCGGACCUGUGGACGGAAGUGGACGGGUAUGGCACGUUCGGGCACGACCUGAUGGAGAUCGGGGGAGGUGCACCUGGUGCAGUCCGCGACCGCGACAGGUUCCGCGGCGCAGACGUCACUGUCACGGCAGGAACAGCGCUGCUUCCGCUCACCGCCUUCCUCAGCGAAGGCUCGAACGGAGACCUGGAUGGGCUCGAACACGCGCUGCCGUUAACCGAUCCAUCCAGUGACGCGUAUGAUCCAGAAAAGCGGCGAGAGCUCGAAGCCGACGAUGGAGGGCUUAACUCCGAAUUUGGUGACCGGAUAGAUCCGCUGGGCGUGAGGCGUCCCGAUGGUGACAUAGAGGGUCCGCGCUGGGCCUUUUCCAUCAUAAGACGGCCGUUUUGCCGGACGCAUUUGAUGGCGACAGGGGAAAUAGUCCGGAUCUCCAUUAGGGUUACGUGGCCGUUCUUCCUGACGGGGUGGACUGUGACUCCGGACCGGAUGCAAGGGAGCGAACGGAAGGAUUGA